AAAGGACUGUGCGACAGAGCGAGGCAGGGGCAGAGAGUUAGUGAGGUAAGGACAGGAGGGAGGCAGUGAGUGUGCUCUCUCGCUCUCGUCCGUGUCUGUCUGCGUGCGGUGAGUCCGGGCCCUCACCUUGUACUGGAAUCAGCAACGCCCCUGGUGUCUUCGCCCCCACUCCCUCCUUGGCUUGCAUGAUCUACUUGCUCGCCCAGUGCUGCUGCUGCUCCUCCCACUUUCACUUCUUCCUUCUCUCGUCCCCCUCCUGCUCGUCUCACCCCCCCCGCCCCGUCUUCUCUGCGCUGAUCUGAUCGACGAUCCACUUUGUUUUCGGCCCAUUUUAUAUCCGGAGUUCGGACUUGUGAAGGUGAAAGUGAAUGAGAAGGGAGGGACUAGGGUAAUCAUGUCGUCGACUCUGGCCUAGAGCAGAGGGAGAAAUCGUCGUCCUAGAGCUGUUGCAAUUUUCUAGUCACUGUUGUCGUAGGGGUCGAGAAGGCAAUUGGGAGUUUAGAUCGUGCGAGGCCGUGCUUUCCUGCGUUUGUGAGGUUAGGUGAGAAUCGGAGAAUCUGCAAAUCGUUGAUGAUGUAAAAGUGGAAAAGACAGGAAGGAAGAAAGAACGGGAGGGUUUUGAGGAAGGCGAGGAGGCGACCAUUUUGAUGCGCGAGUGGAUUUGAGGACAAUUCCGGUCAAAGAAUCGGCGCGUGGCUGGCACUUCUACCUUGAGCAGCAGCCUAACCACAUUUCUCCCUUUUGAUAUGGUUUCCCGAAGUCCCUCGACGAGAGGCUCAUUCAAAAUGCCCUCGUUCAACGACGAGCGGGUGCCGCAAGAGGCCGCUCAGGGUGCUGCAUCCUUGCAGCUGAUCGAUGGACUCGGUGCUUUCGAUGAGGCAGGGCUCGAUGCAUUUGUCAGAGCCAUUCGGCUAGCUGAAUGCGGACUUUCAUAUGCCGUAGUGGCGAUUAUGGGUCCUCAAAGCAGUGGCAAAAGCACACUCCUUAAUCAUCUGUUCAGGACGUCGUUCAAGGAAAUGGAUGCAUUUGCUGGAAGGAGUCAAACAACUCAAGGUGUGUGGAUCGCACGCGCAAAGGAUAUUGAUCCUUGUACCAUUGUUAUGGAUCUAGAAGGAACAGAUGGACGAGAACGAGGAGAGGAUGAUACUGCCUUCGAGAAACAGAGUGCUUUGUUUGCCCUGGCAGUAUCGGAUAUUGUGCUGAUCAAUAUGUGGUGUCAUGACAUUGGCCGAGAGCAAGCUGCCAACAAGCCUCUUUUAAAGACCGUCUUUCAGGUUAUGAUGCGCCUGUUUACACCCCGUAAAACGACACUUCUGUUUGUCAUCAGAGAUAAGACUCGGACUCCCUUGUCCACACUUGAGCCUAUUCUGCGAGGGGACGUCCAGAAGAUAUGGGAAAGUGCCCCCAAACCUCCGAAGUACGAAGGAACUCAGCUGAGUCAGUUUUUUACUGUGGAAGUUACAGCGCUCGCUAAUUUCGAGGAGAAACCUGAACUAUUCGAAGAGCAGGUUGGUGAGUUGCGGGACCGAUUCAACAACUCAAUUCAGCCAGGUGGACUGGCAGGCGAUCGAAGAGGAGUUGUUCCGGGAUCAGGUUUCCGAAUCAGUAUCAGUGACAUGUGGAAAAUCAUCAAGGAAAACAAAGAUCUGGAUCUGCCAGCACACAAGGUGAUGGUUGCCACUGUUCGGUGUGAGGAGAUUGCACAUGAGAAGCUGAGUGCCUUAUUGGCAGAUCCGGAUUGGCAUGAUUUGGACGAAGGUGCGAGGAAAGGCCUAGUCCCCGGCUUUGGGAAGAGAUUGAGUGCUCUUUUGCACAGGCAUCUAUCAGGGUAUGACGACGAAGCAGCAUAUUUUGAUGAUAGUGUAAGGACAGCCAAGCGCAAUUAUCUGGUGACAAAAGUUUUAGAUACGGUUCAACCUGCAUAUCAAGCAGUUGUAUCGAAUCUUCGUAACGAAGCCUUCAAUAAGUUCAAGCAAGAGAUGAAAGUUUGGGCAGAGCGUCCUGUUGGAGAGGAAGGCUUUGCAGUUGCGGUCCGUAGGUGCUCCGAGCAAGCUUUGUCAGACUUUGAUAAGGGUUGUUCAGAUUCUUACGUUUCCCAAGCCCAUUGGGACAACGGAAAGCUUCGUGAAAAGCUUCAUCGAGACAUUGAUGCACAUGCUCAGACAGUCAGAGCUGAGAAAAUUGCUGCCAUUGUAGCUUCUGUCGAGAAGCGGGUUGAGGACGCUCUUACGGAAUCCGCUGGAGCUCUAUUAGAUGCCGCGUCUCCAGAUACGUGGUUAUCUCUUAAGAGGCUUCUUACACACGAAACCGAUAUUGCGAAGGCAGCUCUGUUGUCAGAUAUUGCAGGUUUUGAGCCGGAUGAAACAGAAAAAGCAACUAUGUUGGAUGGCUUAACUUCGUUUUCAAGAGGAGUGGUGGAGCGACAGGCGAGGAAGGAAGCUUCACAGGCACUGCUACGUAUGAAAGAUAGGUUUACGACAAGUUUUAGCCAUGAUGCAGAGUCACUACCCAGACUUUGGUCUGAAAAAGAUGAUAUCCGGGCUAUCGCCAAAGAAGCUCGGUCAAUGUCUCUUAAAGGACUAUCUAUUCUGGCUGCAAUACGGCUUGAUGACGAUAUACAUGAUCGGAUCGAGCCAGCACUGAGCUCCUUAUUGGACCCUCCCAGUCAAGAGGCUAUCAAGUCCAAAGAGUUUUCCUCAGAUGGAGAUAGUUCUUCUAUAUUGGUUUCGAAUCCACUCGCCGCAAGCUCUUGGGAUGGGGUUCCGCAAGGGAAUACUCUCUUAUCGCCCGUGCAGUGUAAAAAUAUAUGGCGACAAUUUAAAGCUGAGACCGAUUACACAAUUAGUCAAGCUUUAGCAGCGCAGGAGGCGCACAAGAACUCAUCAUCGUGGUUACCUCCACCAUGGGCGAUUGCCGCGAUCGUGGUCCUGGGCUUCAAUGAAUUUAUGGCACUUCUCAGGAACCCAUUGUAUCUCUUGAUAUUCUUCGUAGUGUAUCUUCUUGGAAAGGCUCUCUGGGUUCAACUUGACAUCGCCGCCGAGUUUCGCCAUGGCUUUGUCGCUGGAAUUUUGAGCCUUUCAACCAAGCUUCUCCCCACGGUAAUGAGCAUGUUAACAAAACUUGCACAAGAAGGAUCCAAAGCGGCAGGAGUGGGGAACAGUAACAGCGACAGUACUGGGCGAAGCAACCGAUUCCAGGAGUAUGAUAUGCAAGAUUUUUCGCAGAAUUCUCCUUCUGAAAACAGCACUAGUCAGGGAUCGUCUCAUGGUGGAUCAAGUGUCAGAAAUAGGCAGCACAAAAAUGUUGCACAAUCAGCCUCUUAAUGCAGUUUUCGGCUGGGCGGCUGGUCUCAUUUGGUCAUCUUUGUAAAAUUUAUUGGAAAGUACUCCACUCUCUUGUACAAGUUUUUU